GGAGGUCCUCUCAGAAAUCACACAUACAGUCUGAAGUCUUCUUGAAAAGACCUCAGGUGAGAGAAGGUAAAAGAAUGUUUAUUCAUGUUUUUAGUAUCGCAUCACUUGGAAAAAGUGACGUGAGCGAGUCUUGGGAGUCUGGCGAGUCUCACGGGGGAUCAGUCAGGCUGGUGAAGAUGGAGUUCCGUACAUCGCCUGCAGGCACCAAUCCCCAGGUGCUCCCCGCCGCCUUUGAAGCGCCGCGCCGCCCCGGGCCGCCGCUGCAGCUUCAUGUAGUAAACCUUUGUGGACGGAAACGUUGCUAACAAGUAACGAGAGGGAGAUAGCUAAGCCAGGCGGGUCUCCUGGCGCAGCCUCCUUCCGCCAGAACAAAGAUUACAUUUGCAUUAAAUUUUGGUAAAGCUUUGUCAAGAAGGAACAAGUUGAGAUUGCUGGAGGUGCGGCGGGCAGCGAACCGCGCCGCCCAGCCCCAGGCACCGCUCGCGGCACAGUGCCACCGCCCCGCCGGCCUGCGAUUUGUUUACAUGGGAAAAAGUUUCGUACCUGACACCGUCAAAAGCCACGUUUUGGUAUCAAGGUAAUUUUUUUUUUAAAUCUAUUUAUUACACCAACACUUGGGAUGCCCUUCUUACCCUGGCGGCCACCGAUCACGCUUGCAGCGCCGCAAUGAUCCGCCCCUUCCCGGAGCACGGGUGCCAGGGCGAGGCAGCAGCCCUCAUCCUGCUGCAGGAGGCGCGCCACACACCGGCGGCAGACUCACUUGCCUCACUUUGCUCAGGGAACGGCCAGGACGUCGCGUCAAGACGCGGUGCUCGGCGUGGCCGCCAUCAGGAUGCACGCGCCGAGCGGUACAAAUAUCAAUAGAGUGGCGAGGGAGGCGCGUGGCGCGUGGCCGCGGCAACCUCCCCCGCCAGGCUGCUGCCGCUGCCAGCUCCGAGCGGCACUGGCGCCGGCAGGACAUGGGCGGAGUCGUGGCGGCCUGCAGCUUGUCUUGGCCUCAAGCUGCCGCUGAACAGUGACUCAAGCUUCAUGCGUUUCAAUGGACACGCCAUCUAUGAUUUGCCUAACAAGGUAAGUACAGACCAAUUUGGAGGUGCUGGGCGGGGUGGGCGCCGGGCGGGUGGUGCACGUGCGCGCACAGUGGGCGGGGCCGGAAAUCUGUCCAGCCAACGGUCAAUCAGGACGCCGCCCGCCUAAAUCCUCCGCCAAUCAGAGUGCUCGCCUUGCACUCUUACAGAUUUUGGCGGUCUUUAUUUUCGUUUUAGAAAUUGAAUCAGUAGUGAUAUGGCGUAGUAUUUUUGGUUAUAGAGACGUUUUGCUUGCAGGCGAAGAGAGUGUGAGGACGCCCUAAUGAGGCGCGUCAUGAGGGGCGCGCCGAUCACGCCACGGCGCCCAUCGUGAAUUAUGAAAUCUGGCGUAAAGAAGUCGACGAGAGCCGUCAACGCAACAAUAAGAUUAUGGUAAUGAAGUGGCGGACAAGUGCUUUAGCGGCUGUCGUAAGGGCGAAAGUUGCCGCGUCUUCCGUGGGAUACUCGCCCUUCCCGCCGCGAGGAUGCGUCGGAAGUGCUGAUUGAAUUUCGGCGUGGUUGUAGCAACAUGGACGUCCGUGGUGGCGGCGCCCGAGAGACAGUGUGGGUCCGACGGAGUGUUUGGCCGGAGGUGCGUGGUCCCCUCCGCUGCGUGUGCCCGCUGUCGCCGCCGCCGCCGCCGUCACCGCCGCCCGCACCCGCCGCCACCCGCGCCGCCCACCCAUCUUAGUCUACGGGGCGGCCGUCUUGUUUUGCUCCUGCAUCGUCAGCACAGACUAUCGCGUGACUGGAGACAAACUCUGUCGUGUAUAUGAUGCACCGGGACGUGGCACGCGCGGGAGCAGGCCCCCGCUGGUGGGCGUCGCCGGCAGGAGUCACCUGUACCACCAGCAGCCGCGGCGUGAACUCGCUCUUCAAAUAAGAUAACUUCGUCAUUUUUCGUAAAAGAAAAAAUAGUAACCAUUAGACAAUUUAGUAAAUUUCUGCGAUCCUUUGAUUAAAAACUUGGAAUAAAUUUAGUUGGUGUGUGAGCAGCCAGCCAGUCUGUCUGUCUGUCUGCCUGUCAUCCCUGACGCGGCGCCAGCACCACAACCCACGACUCCCGUGCUGCUCCUUAUCGCUCGUCUCCGCCGCCGAUGCCGCCGGCCGCGACCCCCGUACACAAGCGAUAACUGUUGAGAGGCGACAAGACUGGCAGCGUGAAGCCUGAGGUCACCUGUGGCAGCGGUGGCCAGAGUGACCUGCCGCGGGGCGUGGCCCGGUUGGGUGGGCGCCAGGCCUGGUCUGGGCACAGGCUGCUCGGCCUGUCUCGCCCACAAUAGAUGACCUACGAGGUCAAGUUAGCUUGACGCCAAGCAACAUUUUCCUCUCCCUCGCGAGUCUCGGGAAGGAAGCACCGCAGCCUACAACAGCAGGACAAGACUCCGCCACCAUGCUGAAGGAAGGCUCCCUCUCCUGCUCCGGCGGCAGCACCAGCGCCUUCAGGGUCGUCACUCCCAAGGACCGGGACAAGGCAGACGGAGUGUCAGCGGCGCCCCUGCUGAGCUUGCCGGUGCCGCCGCCGCCGCCCCUGGUGUCCCAGAGCUCGGUGGGAGGGCUGGGCGGGUCGCUGUCCCUGGGCGGGUCCCUCCCGUUCCCCUACCACCCCCGCCUGUGGCCCGCUCCGCCCCUCGGCCUCUCCACCAACCUUCUCCGAGAGUCCCCCUUCUCGCUCCUCCCCUUCCUGCCGCGCCAGCCACCCGCCAGCCUGCCCGCCCACGUCACCUCCCCCGCCCACGCCCCGCACACCCUCACAUCAUCGCCCAUCGGACCAAUCACCUCGCCGCUCUUCACCAGUGCGGGUGCUUACACUAAGGAAUCCAAGCUGAUGAGCGAGGCGGAGGGCGACGCGCGGGGCGCCUGCAGACCAGCCAAGGCUGACACCGCCACCAGCGCCAGGGCGUCCUUCGAGCGCUCCUCCUUCACCAUCUCGUCUCUGGUGGGCCGCAGCCUCUCACCCUGGGCCAGCCACGUAGACGACGGCGCGCACGAUGGCCCGAGGAAGACCAAGGAGGAGGAGGAGGAAGAGGAGGAGGAGCACAUCGAGGUGGUGGACAGCGUGGAGGAGCCGCUCAUGACAGACUCCCAGGACGGGCCCGGCGACCAUCUCAAGGAGGACGGUGAUAAGUCCCCUUCGGGGCGCGCGCUGUCCCCCCUGCCGGCGCGAGACACGAGCCCCGUCGUCACGUCCAGCAUCUUCGAGAGCCUGUCCGCAGCAGCCAAAGCGCCCGUGCCGGAGUUCAGCGUGGCGCUCAACCUGUCCGCCAAGCAGGACGAGACCACCACGCCCAGCCUGCGCGAGCCGCUCGUGGCCAGCAAGGUGAGCGAGGGCGGCAGUGUGGGCUCCCCGCUGUCCCCGCGCGAGGCGCCCACCUUCCCCCAUAGCCGCCCCUUCCUGCCCUCGCUACCCCUGCACGCCCGCGACUCCCUGCUGGAGAUGCCGCGGCCCCCCAACCUUCCCCUGGGCCUGUAUCCUCCCCCGCCCCUCGUCCUCUUCAAGAAGGACGGCGAGGCCUCCUCCUCCUCGUCAAGCCUGGACGCGAACCGCAACAGCCUGGCAGUGUCCUACCCGUCGUCUUUCAACUACUCCUUCCCCUGGAGCAUGGCCAGCUCGGAGACGCUGUUCCCCUGGUCCCUGCCCACGCACGGCUCGCUGCCCCUGGAUGGAUCCCUGGUCAAGCCGCUCCCCCUGGGAGACGUGUACUCAUGCAUCAAGUGCGAGAAGAUGUUCAGCACGCCGCACGGCCUCGAGGUGCACUCCCGCCGCUCUCACAACGGCAAGCGGCCCUUCGCCUGCGAGUACUGCAACAAAACCUUCGGCCACGAGAUCAGCCUCACGCAGCACAGGGCGGUACACAACGCGGAGAAGGUGUUCGAGUGCAAGCAGUGCGGCAAGUGCUUCAAGCGGUCCUCCACGCUGUCCACGCACCUGCUCAUCCACUCCGACACGCGCCCCUACCCCUGCCAGUACUGCGGCAAGCGCUUCCACCAGAAGUCAGACAUGAAGAAGCACACCUACAUUCACACAGGCGAGAAGCCCCACAAGUGCACGGUGUGCGGCAAGGCGUUCAGUCAGUCGUCCAACCUCAUCACGCACAGCAGGAAGCACACAGGCUUCAAGCCCUUCGCCUGUGACUUGUGCGGCAGGUCCUUCCAGCGCAAAGUUGAUCUCAGGCGGCACAAGGAGACGCAGCACACGGACCUGCGCACGCCGCAGCCUGUCACAGACCUGCGGGCGCCCGUCACCACGGAGCUCAGGACGCAGAUGACGGACAUGCGCUCCCCGGUGUCCGCACUCGCCGACACGAGGUCGCAAAUGACGGACGUGCGGUCACACCUGGGGGAGGUGCGGCCACCCAUGCCGGAGGUUCGCUCACCGAUGACAGAGGUGCGCUCCUCCAUGGCGGAGGUGAGGCCACAAGCCCCCGAGGUCAGGUCGUCCAUGUCUGACAUGAGGUCACAGAUACCUGAGGUGAGGACAUCCCUGGGAGGGGUCAGGUCCCCCGCGCCGGACGUCAGAAGUCCCCCGACCAGCCUCAGAAGUCACAGCGGAGACCCCCACCACGUGAGUGACGUGAGGAGUCAGGUGGGUGCGCACGGCGCCGAGCUCCGGGGCCAGAUGGGUGAGCUGAGGCCUGCUAUCACAGACAUCAGGCCGCAGGUGAACGAGGCGCGCCCCAAGGUGAGCGACGGCGGCCUUGACCUCCGCGCCACCACCAUCUCAGACUUCCGCUCGCAAAUGUCGGACCUGCGGCCCCAGGAGCUGCGGCCCCUUAGCUAAGGGACGCGGAAGGCGCCGCUCCAGGUCCAACCAGACAGCGUGAGCCUGACGGACUGCAGGGCGGCGGCGACGACUGGUAGGACCACGCUGUGUCACCACCACCGCCUCCGCCGUAGCCGCCGCCACCCCACCGCCACACCUCGGGCACUCCCCUCAUAGCGCCACGAAGGAGUCCAGCUUGGCGGGGCUGAGGAGAGCCCUUCCCCGCCAGAUGAGGGAUGGCGGGGCUGGGGGAGCCCACGGAGCUCCCUCAAGAAAGCUAAUUUCCUUCAUGUUAGCUAAAAAUUGUGGAGCAGCUGCAGCGCCUCGUGCUAAAUGGUGAUGACAGCUUCGCGGCAGCUGGGGCACACUGGCCCGCUCUCACACUGGUUCAAAGCUUGCAACUCCAAAAUUAAAUAAAUGCAAUUGUUAGUUGACAGUUGGAUGUGUUCUAUUUACUACAAGUGUGCUGUGCGUGACGCUUGGGACGCGAGGCAAGAUGUUGUGGCCUUCCUCGCCGAUCCACCCACUCGACCCGCCGCUGCGCGAGGUCACCAGACUCUUCAUGGUAUCUUUGGCCCAACACGUCUACUUUAUACUCUAGUCAUGUAUUGUUUCUGGAGGCUCGAGUCUCAUCUCAUUUUCUAUGAGUGUUGUUACUGCUGGCGCGCCGCUCUGUGUAUAUACUUGUGCGCGGCCCUGGGACGCCCGCCGCGCCCGCCGUGCCCACCGCCGCUCCUUUCCUUCAUUGCACGCCCAUGGGCGGUCACGGCCACGUGUGGGGCGAGGCAUCGAGUAGCGUGGGUCCGGGUUGCUGCCGAAUGGUUAGCUGAGGCGUCACCUUGACUGCCGCCGCAAUGACAGGUCACUCCUGAGCCCGGCACCCGCGCCCCACCAGAGGACAGACCACAUUAGUGACUUCUGCUGUAUUCCUGUCGCGGGCGCCAGCAGACCCAGAGCGCGUGCCCUCGGAGGCGGCUUCCUGGCCGCCGUCACGCCAAGGUUUCUCCACAACGAAUAUUAGUGUUAAUUAGGACAGUCAUCCCGCGUACACCCACUCCUCCUCGCGGCGUCCCGCACGCGUCAGGGAGUAGCCAGGGCGCCGGCGGCCGUUCCCGAUCCUGUGAUGAUGUGAAGGCCGCCCACACUCCUACACUAGUGAUGCCAACACCACACACACACACACACACACACACACACACACACACACACACACACACACACAACACACACACACACACGCUCAGGCACGGCUGUAUGCUGUGCAAAUCCGAGGGACAAAAUGCAUUCCACGGCCCGUGCCUCACUGCAGGGGCGCCGCGGGUGACGGUGCAGGCCCCGCCGAGGCUCGCCGGCCCCGCCCUCUCCCUCACGCCGCGGGAAGCGACCCACAUCUCGUUACACUUUUACCAUUCGUGUUACCUUCAUUUGUAAGUGUUGCGUAAUCUUUAAGUGUUGCUAUAUUUUAUAUCCUCACGCGUCACCUCUCUCUCUCUCUCUCUCUCUCUCUCUCUCUCUCUCUCUCUCUCUCUCUCUCUCUCUCUCUCUCUCUCUCUCUCUCUCUCUCUCUCUCUCUCUCUCUCUCUCUCUCGGGCGCGGCCUGGCCCACGCCCGCCUUCAUUGAGCUCCGUGACACAUCUCACUCCCUAUCCAACCAGUCACCCCGCAGACCCUGAACCCUGAACCCCAGGCGGCCCCGGAGCCCCUCACCAAACCCUAAAACCCUGAAGCCCGAGAUUUUGUGCAUCAUGCAGACAAGCCCUGCCAACACCCAGCCCCAUCACCACCACCGCCGUUGCUUCCUUGUCAACUCCCUCAUUCUCGUCUCAGCCUCCCGAGGGCGACCAUCACGCGGCGCCCACACCAACACGGCGGCAAGUGUGUUUGUGCGUAUGUGUGUUUGUGUGUCGGGUCUUUGUACCCAUCACACUCACACACACAUACACACACACGUACACACACACACACACACACACACACACACACACACACACACACACACACACACACACACACACACACACACACACACACACACACACACACACACACACACACAUUCAUUCUCCCAGCCAUCAUCUUGCUAAGUGUGGUGGUCAGCCCUGAUUGGCAUCCCCCUCCUCCUCCUCCUCCAUCCUCUGGCGGCCACACCAGUAAUAUCCUCCCAUCUGGUGCUCACCGUUGGCCUCCUUAUGCUGGACUGCCUCUCACCUCCUUGUCUUCCCUUGAUAUCACGGCAUUUUCCAUCUUUCACCCAUUCACUGGUGGACGAUUUUUUUUCCCAUAACCACUUACGAUAUUUUAAGACAUUUUCUUGUGAUACGGUCUUUUUAAUAGUUCUGUGGCAUAGAAAAUAAAAGAAAUCAUUCCUUUUUCUUCUUUUCCGUGUCUCGAGGCAAGUUAUCUUUCUUACGGUGUCCUCACUGUCAACAGGAAAGAUGGCCAUAGCAUAGUAAAGAUGAUAAGAACAUAAGGGAAGCUGCAAGAAGUCGUCAGGCCUACAUGUGGCAGUCCCAGAAUGAAACAUGCCUGCCUAUCAUCUCCAUCUAUCAUCGUCAUUCAUAAAUCUGUCUAACCUCUUAAACUCCCUAAUGACUCAGCGUUAACAACCUGAGUCUAUUCCAUUCACUUGUCACUCUGUUUGAGAACCAAUUCCUCAAGUUCGUUCACUUGUACCUGCCUCCGUGCUUCAUUCUGCAAAGUGUAUAACAGCAUUCAUUAUUUCUUUCAUGCUAACUUCUUUCUUUUUAAUGUUCUAUUUGAUAUUUUGCGGGUUUUCAUGUACAGGUCAAGUUGUCUUUAGUUUCUUUUUGUCCUGGUUGUCACAUUCUCUCUCUCUCUCUCUCUCUCUCUCUCUCUCUCUCUCUCUCUCUCUCUCUCUCUCUCUCUCUCUCUCUCUCUCUCUCUCUCUGGCCUCGUUCUGUUCCCUUGUACAAGUAAGCAUUGUCACACUUACUUUCCUCCAUUCCUCGCCCUUUGCGUUAAUCCUUCCUUUCCUCUUCCUCUCCCUCCUCUUGUUUAUUCACUCUCCUGAAAUAUAAACAGAUGUAAGUUAUUAUAUUUAUUCUACUUCAUUCCGCUACUAAUCUCCUGUACUACUUCCUUUCUCCUUCCUUCCUUCCUUCCUUCCUUCCUUCCUAACUUCCCUCCUUCUUUCAUGUGUAAAUAGUAACUACCGUUCCCUCUCUUCCUCUAUCUACCUUUCUCUCCCUGUCUCGUAUUUUCUUCCCUUUGUCCUUCCCGUGUUCGUGCCUCCCUUCCUUCCUCUUCCCUUCCCUUCCCUUCCUUACCCUUUCCUUAUCUCUUCCUAUAAUCCCCAUCCUCAAUUUUCCUUCCCUUCACCAACUGCUCUUUUCCUCCCCUCUCUUCUCUUUCCCCUUAUCCAUCCUUAUCAACAACACCUCUCUUCUCUUCGUUCACUUCCCAUACAUCCUAACUUAACCUUCUUGCCUUACCUAAACAAACCAACCGGCCAUUCUUCUCCUCCUAGCCUGUGUGUUCCCUUCCCUUUCCAUCUCUUAUCUAUCUCUAUAACACUUUUCUGCUCUUAGUUCAGUUCCCAGACCUCCUAACCUACCCUUUCUGUCUCACCUAAGCAGCCCAAUCCGCCUUUCUUCCGCUCCCAUUCCAAUGUGUUCCCUGCCCUCUCUCCCUCGACCGACGUGUCCUCCCCAGUCAGCUUGCUCCCGUAAUCUGUGUCUAGUGCCCCGGUCCGCUGCUGAGCUGCUGUAGAGACACACACGAGUCCUGUAUCCUGCCAUUAUGUACUGUAAAGAAGUUUAUUAGAGUUAUGAUUGAUGCCAUGCGUGUACCUUUGUUUAAUAAAAUAUUACAUAUA